AUGAGGGCGCCCAAGACAUCUCUCAUUGCUUCGAGCCUGAUUGCUCUGACCACCCGUGCAACAGCCCAGCUCUCGACCAUAUGCCAGGGUCAGGUUUGCUUCAGUUUGAACAUACCGGCCAACACGGCCUCGUCGGGAAACGGCGACAUCUUCUUCCGGAUAUCGGCUCCCAGCAGCUAUGAUUACGUAGCUCUCGGCCAGGGGAAAGGCAUGGUCGGAUCGAAUAUGUUUAUUGUGUAUACUGCCGCAGGAGGAAAAAAUGUGACACUGUCGCCGCGGACUGCGAGGGCCUACACCAUGCCGACAUUCAAUAGUAAUGCUCAGGCCACCUUGCUCGAAGGGUCGGGUGUAUCCGAUGGGAAAAUGAUUGCCAAUGUCAAGUGUUCGAAUUGCGCCAGCUUCUCAGGCGCCGAUUUCAAGGCUGGACAAGGGAACUGGAUAUAUGCUGCUCAAACAUCCGGAGGCCCCAAGAACUCGAACGACAAGAACGCGCCGAUACAGCAGCAUAACAACUACGGACCGUUCCAAUGGAAUUAUGCCGAUGCCAAAGGAGGGAAUAGCGUCAAUCCUCUCUUGGAAACUUCGACGACAAAGCCCGGAAACGAGGGUGCCGGUACACCAACUUGCAUCCCACGCCCUGUAUCCACAAAGGGCUCUCCCUCAGCAUCGACUUCGACGGGGGAGGAGACAGGGGGCGAUGACGGUGAUGGUGACGGCAACCGCGGUGGAUUGGGCGGACAGCCGACGCGCUUUGGAGGGUGGCCCAGUGGUGCUCCCACGGGGGCUCCAUGGAAUGGAGGGAAGUCUAGGCGACAAGACCUCCCCUACUGUGAUGAAGGACCCAGCCUUCUACCGGUCGGCUUGAGUGCGGAGCGAACAAAGAUGAGGAACAUGUUGAUUGCUCACGGCACGCUGGCAGCAUUGGCAUUUGUGAUUCUCUUUCCAGCUGGAGCUAUCGCCAUUCGCCUUGCUUCUUUCCCUGGGCUUCUCUGGGUCCAUGGUGCAUGGCAAGUGUUUGCCUACAUUGUCUACAGCGCUGCAUUCGGCCUGGGUAUAUACAUUGCGAGACGGAUGAAUCUGUUGGACAAUUCUCAUCCUAUAAUCGGUAUCGUGCUGUUUGCACUCUUGUUCUUCAUGCCGAUGCUCGGCUACUUGCACCACGUGUUCUUCAAAAAGACUGGAGGCCGGACUCUCUGGUCCCACGCCCAUCUCUGGAUUGGCCGAGCAGCAAUCACCCUGGGUAUCAUCAAUGGAGGUUUGGGACUCAAACUGGCGGACGAGAAUGGAAUGAGCUCCAAGGGCGGAAUGAUAGCGUAUGCAGUGGUUGCCGGCAUCAUCUGGGUUGUCUGGAUGGCUGCAUCCAUUCUAGGAGAGAGGAGGAGGAAGACUCGCGGCAGAGCGGAACCGCCUAAGUAUACGGAUGACUCUCGGACUUCAGACACGGCGUUGCGCGAUCUUCAGGGGCAACCGGAGAAUGGACACUACGCACCCAAACAAGAACUCAUAGCCUGGCUCAAUAACCUGUUGCAGCUCAACAUCACCAAAGUUGAGCAGUGUGGCACAGGAGCGGCGCUGUGCCAGGUCUAUGACAGCAUCUUCUACGAUGUGCCCAUGUCGCGGGUUAAGUUUAACGCCAACACCGAGUAUGCAUAUCUACAAAACUUCAAGAUCCUGCAGAAUGUGUUCACAAGGCACAACAUCGACCGCCCUAUCCCAGUUGAGCAACUAGUGAAAUGCAAGAUGCAGGACAAUCUCGAGUUCCUUCAGUGGACGAAGAGAUAUUGGGACCAAUACUUCCCUGGCCACGAUUAUGAUCCAGUUGAGCGCAGGAAAGGACAAGGAGGCAUAACAGGCGGUCCACCUGCGUCCACUCGGCCCGCCGCCAGCGCCGCAAGGAGAGCGCCGGCUGCUAACACCUCCGCCGCACCACGCACCCGAACACCUCUUGGAGCUGGUGGCGCUGCCGGUGGCGCCGCUUCUGCCGCGCUAAGGGAGGAGAACAAUGUCCUCAAGGAGACAGUCGCAGGAUUAGAACGCGAGCGGGACUUCUACUUCAGCAAACUGCGAGAUAUCGAGUUGCUAAUCCAAGGUGCCAUGGACGCCGAUCCCGAGCUUGAGAAGCAGGAGGAUAGCCUGCUAAAACAGAUACAAACGAUCCUUUACUCCACGGAGGAAGGUUUCGAGAUCCCAGCCGAGGGCGAGCAGGAGGAGGAGACAUUCUAG